AUGGACAUCAUUAAGGACCUGUUUAAUGAGAGAGAUCAAAGAUUAAUUUUAAGUAUUCCAUUGCCUUUAACUGUACACGAGGACUGCUGGUCUUGGAGUAAAGAAAAAACUGGCUUUUACUCUGUUAAAAGUGCAUACAGGUGGCUAAGAAACCACUCGAUUCCUGCUGGUAUGGAUUCGGGUUUAUGGAAAAAUUUCUGGAAGCUGAGGGUGCAACCGAAGGUCCUUCACUUCGGGUGGAGAGCUAUGUCUGGUAUACUUGCUACUAAGGUUGAACUCAACACUAAACAUGUCCAUGUUAACAACUUAUGUAGCUUCUGCAACAUGGCCGAAGAGUCUAUAAUGCAUGUUUUAGUCAGUUGCGAACAACUUGAGGAAGCUCUUAUGGUCGCUUGGGCCAUUUGGAAUGCAAGAAACAAUUUGCUAUGGAAUCAAAAAUCUACUACAGCAGCUGAGGUAAUUCUUUCUGCAAGAACUCAUCUUUACCAAUGGCAGUGUGCUCAACAAUCUAAAUUGGAGCCUCCUUUGUCUCAUUUCGAGAUAGGGAAGGAGGCAGAGCACUGGACGAAAUCGGAAAGGAAUAUGGUAAAGGUUAAUGUGGAUGGGGCUAUCUUUGAGGCAAUGCAUUCUCUUGGCUUUGGUUUCAUUGCUCGAGACUGUCAUGGAGAGAUCAUUGAAGCUGGUUCUUUUAAUAAGAAUGGGACAUCUUCUCCUGAGCUUGUUGAAUUGAUUGGCAUCAAAGAGGCUCUCAGUUGGAUCAAGGAUAAAUCAUGGGGCAGAAUUGUGCUUGAGUCCGACUGCUUACUGGCGGUUCAAGCCAUACAUACCAGUGUUGCUUUGCCUUCUACAUUUGGUAUGUUGGUUCAAGAUUGUCAACACCUGCUUUCACAGAUGUCUCAUGUUAGUUUGUGUUUUGUUAAGCGUUCUGCUAAUAAGGCCGCGCAUUUCCUUGCGCGUAAUUCUUGUUAUUUGUCAGAUUGUUUUUUUGUUAAGGAUACAUCUCCUUCUGAUUUGCUAAGAAUUGUACUGGAUGAUAUUAAAGUUUAA